AUGGUCUUGCUGGACGAGGUGCAGAUGCUGCUUCCGCAGGUUCGCGUGCAUGGUUUCCUAGAUUCUCCGUAUUUUGUUGACAUUCCGAGCUUUGCUGCCAACUUCACAGGUUUUCAACAGCAGUCUGCUGAUGUGCUUGCCAACUUCAACGCCUGGUCUGUAGUUUCAGAGUCAUGUUAUCAGUGGUAUGGCCAUGAAGAGGCAUGGAAAUGCUUGUUUGGCCAAUAUAGAAUGCCCUUCCUGAGGACGCCCUUCCUUGUGAUCGCCUCCCAGUUUGACUCCUGGCAACUCUCUCACCUAGUCCAUGGGUACAGUGGGAUUCAAACACAUCCAAACCUUACGCGGCCGGAGCUUGGAUAUACGGAGAAAUUUGCCGCUAGGACCCAAGCUGGGCUGACCAACCUGAAGCAGAGCAUGCCAAAAGGGUCCUACAUCUAUUCCUCCGCAUGUUACAAUCACCACAUCUCGGAGAAGCGCAGCUUCUUCACCUCUGCCACCAGCUCCGGGCUUACAGAGUCGGAGGCCCUCGAGGCGAUUUGGACACAUAAUGGCGAGGGCUUCAAUUGUGGGAGAGGAUGUGAUCGCAGAGAGGAAAUCAUCAUUUAG